AGUUAUCAACAGUCGCGGGGAGCUCCGUAAAGCAAACUGCUAAACUGUGCACUAUUUACCUAUAUUGCAAACAACGAAAGCGACAUUCUUAGAGUAGGUUACUAUUAGAAUGUAUUCGGUCGAUGAUACAAUACAUUUUGCACUCUAGUGAUGGACCGAUAUUAAUUGUGCAUAGCCGCCCAACUCACUCACCAACAGCAUUGCCACGAUUCAACACAGUGAUGUCUGUGUACAGAAUUUUGUUAGGAGUAUCAAAACACGGAUUAUUUCAAUGAAAUACUAAUUGCAAGGAUAAUUACACAUACGAGUGAAGACCCAGAAAGGUACCAAAAGGAUUCCAUACAUUUGUGAUUGGAUGUGAGUCUACUUUGACCCCAGAAAUCUGACGAUGAUGUUGCUAUGGAAACUGCUGGUGCUGAAGUCACUCAUGGGGUGCCUGGCAGAGAGCAGUGUCCUGCAGAGCCCAGUGUUCACCAAGCAGCCUGGCAGCAUUGUGUUUCCUGUUGACUCCCAGGAAAACAACAGAGACGUGGUGUUCAGCUGUGAGGCCCAGGGAAGCCCAUCUCCCCUUUAUCGGUGGAAACUGAAUGGCACCGCGGUCACUCCCAAAUCAGGCUCACACUAUAGCCUGUCUGGAGGCAACCUCCGAAUCAGCCAUUUAAACAAAGACCAAGAUGCUGGAACAUAUCAGUGCCUCGCCUCCAACUCUUUUGGGACCAUCGUGAGCCGAGAGGCCAGUCUAACCUUUGCAUACUUGGGGAACUUCAAGACCCACCGAAGAAACUCAGUGUCAGUUCGCGAGGGACAGGGGGUGGUGCUGUUGUGUGGUCCCCCAUCUCACUCUGGAGAUCUGACAUUCUCCUGGAUUUUUAAUGAGUAUCCCUCGUUUGUGAAGCAGGACACACGACGCUUUAUCUCCCAGGAGACGGGCAAUCUAUACAUCGCUAAAGUGGAGCCUUCUGAUGUGGGCAACUACACCUGUGUGGUGACCAAUACUGUCACCAAAACCAGAGUCCAGGGCCCACCCACGCCUUUGGUGCUCCGCAGUGAUGGUAUAAUGGGUGAAUACGAGCCGAAGAUCGAAGUUCAGUUUCCAGAGAUUGUCCAUGUAGCCAAAGGAUUGACAGUGAAACUGGAAUGUUUUGCAUUAGGAAACCCUGUCCCCUCUAUAAACUGGAGUAGAGUGGACGGAAUCCCCUUUUCUAGGAAAGUGGACGUGAGGAAAGCCAGCGGCGUCCUGGAAAUCCCUUAUUUCCAGCAGGAAGACGCGGGCACAUAUGAGUGUGUGGCAGAGAACUCCAGGGGGAAGAACACUGUAAAAGGAAAGCUCUCAUUCUACGCCCCUCCACAUCUGAUAGAGAAACCUGAGGAUGUGCAGAAGCCCAUUGACGACUCUCUGGUGUGGGAAUGCAAGGCCACCGGGAAGCCCAAGCCCUCCUAUAGGUGGAUGAAGAACGGAGAGAACCUGGAGUCACUGGAGGAGCGCAUACAAGUUGCCAAUGGAGCGUUGUCAAUCAGCCGGCUGACGCUGUCCGACAUUGGAAUGUAUCAAUGUGUGGCUGGAAACAAACAUGGGGAGGUAUACUCCAAUGCAGAGCUCAGAGUCAUUGCUGUUGCCCCAGAUUUCUCCCAGAACCAGCUGAGGAGCCCCACCAUGGUGAAGGAGGGAGGAGACGUGCUGAUCGAGUGCCGGCCCAAGAUGUCCCCCUGGGGCGUGAUCUCCUGGAGGAAGGGCAGUGAGGCUCUUCGAGAGAGCCACAGGGUUUCCAUUCUGGAUAACGGAAACCUCCGGAUACAGAAUUCAACCAGACCAGAUGCAGGCCUUUACACGUGUGUGGCAAGAAACCAGUUUGGAGUGGCAAGCAGCUCCGGGACUCUCAUGGUCAAAGAGCCGACCAUUAUCACAACGGCACCGUCCACCCUGGACGUGACUGUAGGAGAGAGCAUCGUGCUGCCGUGUCAGGUGACUCAUGACCCGUCUCUGAAGCUCAUGUUCACCUGGUUCUUCAACGAGCAGCUGAUCCACUUUGGCGACCACGGCGGAUACUUUGAAAAAGUGGGCGGUCAGCAUUCCGCUGGGGACAUCAUGAUUCGGAACAUCCAGCUGAGACACGCAGGGAAGUACACCUGUGCAGUGCAGACCAAGGUGGACAGCAUCUCCAUCGCAGCAGACCUGGUGGUCCGAGGUCCCCCAGGCCCACCUACCAGCAUCCAUGUAGAAGAAAUCAGUGACACCACAGCCUCUCUCUCCUGGAGACCGGGGCCUGAUAAUCACAGUCCAAUUACCACAUACACUAUCCAGGCCAGGACACCCUUCUCCCUGGGCUGGCAGGCUGUCACCACAGUUCCUGAGGUGGUGGGGGGCCGCAGUCUGACAGCUACAGUAAUAGACCUGAGCCCCUGGGUGGAAUAUGAGUUCAGAGUCCUGGCAAGCAACGCCAUUGGGACCGGGGAGCCCAGCAAACCAUCCAAACAAGCAAGGACAAAGGAGACAUCUCCGAAGGUCACACCAGCUAAUGUGAGCGGAGGUGGAGGCAGUCGCUCAGAAUUAGUCAUCACUUGGGAGCCUGUUCCUGAGGAGCUGCAGAACGGAGGAGGGUUUGGCUAUGUGGUGGCCUUCAGACCGUCCGGAGCCACAGGCUGGAUGCAGGCUGCCGUGCCCUCAUCAGAAGCCUCCAAAUAUGUCUUUAAGAACGAGAGCAUCCAGCCCUUCUCCCCCUUCCAAGUGAAGGUUGGAGUGUACAACAACGAGGGGGAAGGCCCUUUUGGACCCGUCAUCACCAUCUACUCUGCAGAGGAAGAGCCUGGCAGAGCGCCCACCAGGAUCCGUGCCAAGAGUCUGUCUGCGUCUGAGAUUGAGGUUUCAUGGAAAGCCCUGCCUUGGAACACCAGCAAGAGAAGAGUUCUAGGCUAUGAGUUGAGGUACUGGGAGAAGAGAGAGAAGGAGGAGGCAGCCAGUGUCCAGAGGACGGUAGGGAACCAGACGUCAGCCAUUAUCCGAGGGGUGACAGGAAGUAACACUUACUACAUCACAGUGAGAGCGUACAACACGGCCGGGGCUGGGCCUCCUAGUGUCACUGUCAAUGUCACCACCAAGAAACCACCGCCCAGCCAGCCCCCGGUGAAAGUGAUGUGGAACACAUUGAAUUCCAAGAUAAUCCUGAACUGGGAGCAAGUCAAGGCCCUGGAAAAUGAGUCCGAGGUCACUGGCUACAAAGUGCUCUACAAGCGUAACCGACACAGCCGCCCUAGUGUCAUGGAAACCAACACAACGACGGUGGAGCUCUCCCUGCCUAUGAAUGAGGAGUACUUCAUCCAGAUCAAACCAUUUGGGGAAGGAGGAGAGGGGAGCAGUAGCAGACAGAUCACCAUCCCCAGAAUACCAGGUCCCAAUGCAAUUGGCUCGGCGACCAAGGUCUCUACUUUAUCAGCCCUCAGUACAAUAGCAUUGUCUUUCACAGCGCGAACAUCGUUAUGACAAAGCGCUCCCAGUGAACAUUGCAUCUGAUGUGGAGGCAACUCAACAUCGGAACCCAAACACCGUCUGGUCUAAUUAGAUCCAUUCAUUUAGGUUUUAGAGGCAGGAGGACGAGCAACGUUGGAAAACAAAGUCAUUGAGAUGAGAAUGAGAGAAAGGGCCCCGCUUUCAACACCCCGCCGGCCGGCGAGAACAGGAAAUCGACCGAUGUCUUGACUCUGUUGUUACCAAAGCAGCUUUCAUUAAAAUGUCUUAUAUGCAUCUUUUGUAUGAUAUGUCUAGCUUUUAUAGAUUUAUUUUGAAACCAAUUCAUAAUUAGUCUGGGCUUUUUAGAAAAGGCAAGGUUGAGUGGAGUUCAGUGUAUGCCCAUACUUACUUACAGAUACAUUUUUUAAGUUUUCAGUUUGUUGGAAAGAGCACUUUUGUUGUCUAACGUGAAGAGCAUUUUCUGGUCAAAAAUGAACCUGUAACUAUGGUUUCAUGUCAAGCAAAGACCAUAGUUCAGUCUUCUUAGAAACUUAGGAAUUGUUAACACUGAAAUGAUGUGUGUAUUGCUAACUAUUUUUUUAUUACUCCAUAAAACAUUGCACUGAUGCCUGAGGAAAAAUUUGACUUAACAAAAAUGUGACAUUAUGUUAAAGGAUGAGAGUGACUUUAUUCACUCUCACUGCUUUGAAGUCCCAUCUUCCACAGGUUCCUCAACCUUGGCCAUUUAAUUGCACUGGUGACUGGACCCUCAUAUGGCUGUCUAUCUCAUCCUCUCAGUUGGCCAUGUGUCUACUCUGUAGCUAUUCUAUUCAUCCCCUGAAAAGCCGUAUCUCUACUCUGUAGCUAUUCUAUUCAUCCUCUCAGUUGGCCAUGUGUCUACUCUGUAGCUAUUCUAUUCAUCCCCUGAAAAGCCGUAUCUCUACUCUGUAGCUAUUCUAUUCAUCCUCUGAUAAGCCGUAUGUCUACUCUGUAGCUAUUCUAUUCUUUGCCUUGUGUGUGCCUCAUCAUAUGUUCAAAACCCUCAGGUCCUUAAAGAGCCUUAAACUUAUAUAUCUAUCAAUAACUAUUAGAAACCUAGAAGUCUGUUAUACAGGUGCUGUAUGAUGUGUAGCUACACACUGCAUCAAUAGACAGGUUGUAGGGGUUUGAGUUAUUACCAUCCAAUGUAUAUUCCUAUGGUCAUUCUUAGGGCCAAGUUAUGUAGUCAAGAAAAUCUCCUUGUCCUAGUUAUAUAUUAUAGUUAGGGCCAGGGUUUUUUCCUGACCCUGUGGCAUCGCCAGGAAAAUCUCCUUGUCCUAGUUAUAUAUUAUAGUUAGGGCCAGGGUUCUUUCCUGACCCUGUGACCUCGCCAGGAAAACCUCCUGGCUCUUGUCAUUCUAUAUGAAGGAGUGGUGUGUUUCAACAGCAUGGGGCUGUUCAGUAUGGUUUAAGGGCAACGUGGGAAGCCUGGGACAUUUUAGUGGGUUCACUGACUGCAUCCUUACUAAAAGACAAAUGCUGCUGAUGAUCCUUUCCCAUAGUCUUCUGAUGCUGUUUGAAACUGGUACAGUACAUUACGUAUGUAGCUUGUAGUCCAGUGAAGAAGUCAAAAGUGCAGGUAGUUUGUAGUACUUUCAAAGGGAAGUUUAGGCAGGAAUAAUGCAUUGAGAAAUGUGUAAUAUACUUUUUUGUACACUUCAGAUCAUUUGUAUACAAUGAAAACCUUUCUAAAGAGCAGAUUAACUUGGUUUUUAUGUAAUAACACAAACGUUUCAUACAGUAGCUAAAUGUCGCUUAGCAUGAAUGUGUUUGCCCUUUUCUGUACAUCUGCUAACUGACUGAAUGGCUUGAGACCACGCAAUGAGAGCAGGUUUGUGCAUCUCUACCCGUUAACCCACUAUGUCUGGGCUUCUGUCUCAGACAGGUAUGUCCUCCUGUAGGCCUACACCCUUUGGGAUUUACCAGUACAACUAUCCAUUUACUCCAUGUCAAGUUCUGUUUUUGUUGCUGUUGUUUGUUUAUACUGUGUUAUUGAAUAAAGUUUAUUGAUUUAUAGAAGU